AUGAAAUGUGAUAUGGAGGAAAAAUACAAUGUAUUGAAGGAUGUUAAUAUAGAUAACAUAUUUAAAUAUGUUAUUCAUACCCAAAAUGGUGGAAGAAAAAAAACGGCCUUGAUUUUUUAUUUGUGUAAUUCUCUGGAGUCACGACAUAUUGGACAGGACAGUAAUGUGCUUGUUCUAUAUUUCAAUUUGCUUCCAUCCUUUGAAAGCCAUCUGAGGGAAGUAUUUAAAACCAGACUAGCAACAAGGAAUAAAGAAAUUAAAGGAUGUUACGAGAAGAAAGAAUCAGAAUUACAGUUUAGUCUAAAACUGGGAUCACUGAAUUUGUAUUUUAGCUACAUCAUCAUUCAUGUAUCCUAUUUUGUGACAUUAAAUAGGAAUUAUAAAGAAAAUAAUACUAUCCAAUUGUUUGUGUAUUAUUUGCACGUAUUAACAUUUGUGACUUUACAAAAAUAUUUAUUUUUUAAGAAAAUAAAUACUUUAGAGAAAUUAAUGCACCUAUGUUAUUUAAAUAUUUUAUUAACCUUUUUAAUUAACAUUUAUAAAUUUAAAAUAUUUGAAAUUUUAAGUGAGAAGAAAUUUUAUGUGAUCUCAAAAUAUAUUUAUUUAAUUAUUUACCUAUUUAUUCAUAUAAAAAAAAAUUCCAAUACUGAUAAAUUAUUUAUUUGUUUUUACGAUUAUGUGUACAAUGUUGUCAAUAUAUUGGUUGAUAAAUAUAUGUACUAUUUUGAAAAGUACAAAAGGAAAAAUGGAGAAAAUAAGCUAGUGUUAUAUUACAAAAAUUUUGUUACAUUUGGAUGUGAAUACAUGAGUAAGUUAAAAGUUUUGAAGCAUGUAGAAAAGUAUAUUUUGCAUAAUAGGAAGAAUGUCUUUUGCAUUUUUACCCUCUUGAGUAUAGUGAAGAAUACCGUGGAUUACCAUUUGUUAGAUUCUUUAUGUGAAGAAAAAUCUGUUUCUAUUACCUUUCAGAGGAAGAACAAAGAAGAAGCUGAUCUUCUUGUAAAGGAAGAAAAUGAAGGGACAUUAGAACCCACAACACUUAUAAAUGAAGCAAAUGUUCUGAUUGAUGGGAAGAACCACAAAGAUUGUGAGAAGCUUCUACUUGUACAAAACAAAAGAGUGAAAGAAUUGAUAUUUUUGAAAUUACUCCGAUUGUCAGAAAUUCUGUUAAUCAAAAAAGAUAGAAUAUAUUUAACUAUUUAUUUGCAUAAUGCAAUUGGGAAAGUAGCCAAAUAUGUGGUGCAAGAAAUUUAUCGAGUUGCUAAUGAAAAAGAUUGUAAAAAGACAGGUUACUUCUCAGCAGUGCUAUACAAUAGGGUGUUAUACCUAUACGAAUAUUACUUUAACACCCUUUUUUAUAUAAUCAACAAAAAUGUUAAAAAAAAAAAUCGAGAAAAGGAAAAAGGAGUAACUGGAACAGGAGAAGCAAAUAAUAAUUCUCUAAUCAACUCUGCACAUAUAUACCUACUGAAAAGUUGUAUAUUUUACAUGUACGAAAUGUAUUUGAUACUAAUUCUUCUUUUACAUAUAGCACCAAAGAAUUUUGAAUCCAUUUUGAGCAGCAAUAAAUUUUCCUUUGUUAAUAAAAUAUUAGGUAUACAAAUGACAAACCAGAAAGUUAUACAUAUUGUUAACAUUGUUACUUUCUUUUACAACUUUGUUUUAAGAAGCACGAUGGCAACUCCACCUGCAACCAGCUACGCCUUUAUAGUUAUAAAUUGUCUCAUUUUGAAUAAUAAAAAAUUAAAUUACUUCAUACAAACAAUAUUGACUAAAUAUAAAAAAAAGGGAGAUACAUUUGUUGUCAUAGACAGGUAUCACAAUAAUAUGUUGGAAAUCAAGCCUUCUGCUGAUCAUAUAUCGACAGGAGAGGAGGAAGCAGAACCGAAUGAUGAAAUCCAACUCAAGGAUAACAAAUCUGAAGAGAAAAAUAUUCCACGGGAUGAUAACCUAGAUAGAGUUCUCUUGGUCAAUUCAAAUCUGGUUUUACAUGAAAAAAAUAGUAUUAAUGUUGAGGUAAACACCUAUGUCAAGUUGAAUUUUCUUCAUUAUUUGUCUGAGGAUUCCUAUAAGAAUGUUUCGUUUAAAGAGAGUAGAAGCAAUUUGAUGAAGGAUGCUGUGGCAGCAGCACCGGUUGAUUCAGGAGCAGAUGCAGCUAUUAACCAGACGCGUAAUAAUACAAUAUCAGAUGUUAUAAACAUAGGUAUUUUGGAAAAAGACGUUGGAAGUUUAUUGCAUACACGUGACAACUGUGCAAAUAGGAGCGAUACUAAAGAUCUUUUGGAGAAGAACAUAUUGAAAGUUGGUAAUGGCAUCAUCAAAAACUGCAUGAUCAGAAAUCAUACCAUCAGCAAUUGCACCUUAAGGAGUUACACGUAUAGUAGUUGUGGACGAUUUCCCAGAGGAAGGGAAGAAAUUUAUGCCAAAAUAUACUUUCCUUUAUUGAUGAAAAAGCUCUUGUCAGAGUUAAUAAAAAAAAAAAAACAGGAAGAAAUUAACGUUGAGAGUAAUUGUAAGAAUUAUCUUGCGAUAUACAUAAACAAGGUACACUACUAUUGUAGUAACAUUUUUAAUUACAAGGCUAUGUUCAAAAAUAAUUUUAGCUCAUUUGUGAAAGACAAUUUUUCAAAAAAAAAAAGUCAUCUAAUUGAAAACGUAUCGUCAUUUAAUCGAAUGUUUAAGAUGCAUAGUAAUAUAAAAAUGAGUGAUAAAAAAAAAAAAAGUAUUUUUUUUACGAAUAAAACUUUUAUUAUUUCAAGCAUAGAAAAGAAACAGAGCUAUUCCAAUUACAACUUUUUGAAGAAGAUUGUAAACCACAAAUUUCCUUACUUUGGCAAUGAAAACUAUUAUUUUAAUUUUUUAUUUAAUUUGAAAUUUUUGCACAAUUUGAAUGAUAACAUCAAUGAAUAUUUUUUAUUGAAGAAAAAAAAGAAGCAAAUAAACCGUAAGGUUAUUUUUAACAUUAGUUUAAACAUAAAAGAAAAAAUAAAGAAAAUCAAACACGUACCGAAUGACAUAUGUGCUGAUCCAUUGGAAAGUAAUUCCGAUCACCCUAGCGAUUCCUUCCAUUCCAUUAAUUCGAUUGAUCUGAAUAAAGAAAUGAGUUUAAGGAGAUUAAGCAAAAGUGACAACAUGGCUAAGGGACGUGUAUCAAAUAAAGGGAAAUACUACCAACCCAAAAAAAAAAGAAUAAGAAAAAAAAAAAAAAAAAAAAAAAAAAAAAAAAAAGACGAAAAUUUUUUAUUGCAUUUUUUGUUUGUAAAUUACAAUUAUUGUGUUUUUAACUAUGAUGCAAGUGAUCAUAUGAGUUACUUUUAUUUGUUCAUCCUCAAAUCCUUCGAAAGUAUAAUACCAUAUGUGCACAUAUACAAAUACAUUUCUGCCAUGUUACUUUUCAUUAUUUCCUUUGUUGAAAAAAAACCUCUUCCCUAUUUUGACCUUCUCCGAAUUAAUGGACACUUACAUCAUGAAAUAAUCAAAAGAAUGGAUAGAGAAAUUGAAUCUGAAUUAAUGAAGAAGAAAAAAUUGCAGGGCGAACCAGUUUCAUAUGAUAGAGAUAAUGAGCCUUCAAAAUGUGUUAGGAAAAGGUGCAAACGAGAGGAGGAAAUUUCAUGGAAUAAUACACACACCAUUUCACAUGCAUACAAUAUCAGAAAGGAGAAAAGGUGCACACCUUCUAAUGGUAGAACGUUAAAGAAAAUUAUGUACGAGGGGAUGAUAAAAGAAUAUGCAAAUGUAGAGGGAGAAGUAAGAGAAAAAAUGGAUGAUCUGGAAAGAGGCAAAUAUGAUAAUGGUGAGAUUUAUUCUAUUUUUCUUCGAGGAAAUAACCGUAAGGCAGCGUUGAAUAUAUUGUUAGGAAUAAUCGACAAAGUGAAAAUACAUCUGUUCAGCAAUACAUUUCACUAUUUAUACAGAAACUUAAGAAAAUAUAACAAAUAUUUAACGUUGUUAUCUUUAUAUUUUUAUAAGCUGUAUUUCACAUUUUUGUAUUAUGAUAUAUAUGAAAAGGAUUACAUUAACGGGAAGGAAGUGCAACUGAUUAAGAAAAAAAUUGUUGAAAUAACUCCAAUUUUAUGUAUUAAAUAUAUGAACAAGAUGAACAUAUAUAAUGUGUGCAAAAAGGAAAUUUUGAAAUUGGUUAAAGAAAAUAAAACAAAGAAUGAUGAACUGAAAUUAAACAAUAACGAUAUUGAUAAGUUGUAUUUACUUAUAAUAUACUAUAUAGAAAGUAUGAGAAAAAGGGAAUAUAUUUUAUAUAGCCUUUAUUUACUUAUUGAUAAAUCUAUUUUUCGAAAUAAAUAUUUACACAAGAAUGUAAAGAAAUUAAUUAAUUAUAAGAUAUACGUAUUUUUAAACGAUAUGCACAAUUUUCACGAUUACAGUUUUAUAUUUUCUACUUUUUUUUUACUGAUGAAUAUUAUGAAUUAUAAUAAAAUUGUCCGGAAUUAUAUAUACUAUAUAUUUGAUCAUAUUUUCAAAUUGAAAUUGAACAUUUUAUUUGACAGUAGUUUUCUCAUAUGCUUUUUAAAGAACAUUGAGAAAAGUAGUUUGGAUUAUGCAUUUUCAAAAAUGAUAUAUGAGGAAAAAAAAAAUUAUAAAAGUCUCAUAGAUAAGAAGAAAAAUGUUAUGAUCAAAAUUAUACACAAAGUCAAUUUAUACAUUACUAUAAAUUAUUUGCUCUUUUUGAAGAUGUUAAAUUGUUCAAAAUUCUUUGAAAAUUUGUAUUCUUAUUUUUAUUAUGAAUUUUACAUUUUCUGCGUCAAAAAAUACACCAAAAGGUACAAGGAUUAUAAUUAUAAAUAUAUGUCCGAUGUGUGGAAGCACAAUCAGAUAUGCUCCACGUGUAUUAGACAGAGGAAGAGGAGUAGUAGAAUCAUUUCCCUUUCAAACCACACCUCUUCUCGUGAUAACGUUUGCGAUGAAUCAGUUAGAUGUGUCUUAAAUUCUCAUGCUAGUAUGUCACACUGUUUGGAGAAAAGUGAUCAAAGUGGAACAGUCGAAGAUAUUGUUUCAGAGAGAAAGGAACAGAAUUUCAGAUCAACAGAAUUGAUACAAAGGAAGGAAUCUAACAAUGGGCAGCCAUUGCAAAAGGAGUUGGAUAUUCAAACAGGUAAGACUAACGGUGGUGUGAGAAAAAGCGAAGAUCAUAUCAGCGAAGACGGAAGAGAAUUGGAUAAAAGUUCAUCUGUUCAACAGAUUGAGGUAGAAACCUCAAAUAAAAUCGACAAGAAUAUUGAAUAUGAAAUGAGUAACAACCCGUGGUUAGACAGGAGAAAGAGCUACUCAAAAAUGCAUGACAAUAGGAGAGUAAUGAUGAUGAUGAUGAAGAGUCUCCCAUCAUUGAAACAACAAAAGCAGUAUAAUAGAAGCAGGAAAAUAAGAUCAAUGAAUAAUAAGAGCGAAGAUCCAUUCUUGAACUAUGGAAGAAUUGUUAGAAGGAGAAAAAACAUAAAUUCUAAUUUUUUCGAAACGAAUAAAGAAUUCAGUGAAUUUUUUGGAAGUACUAAUGAUGAUACUUUGGCAAAUGAAACAAUAAAUAAUGAUGUGAAUUAUUUUAAGAUUUUAAAAAAGAUACGAGGGGGAAAUACAUUUAUAUAUAACAUUUAUGACAUAAAAAUAUGCAAGCGUGUAUUAUAUAAUAAGAAAUAUUUUAAGGAAUAUAUGAAUAUUAUAAAUUUUGUAAUAUGUAUAUUUUUAGCUACCAAUAUUAAUAAUUUAAACUUGGAUACACUGAACAAUAAUUAUAUAUAUAUCAUUUCCAAAAUUGUUAAGAAAAACUUCAAAUUUUAUUUUUUUUAUUUUUAUUAUAACAUAUUUAAAAACAAGAAUAAACGAUUUAAAAAUAUUUACAACACCAAUUUUGAUCAUAUUUUAAGGAGACACCCACACACACCCUUCAGAAAUACAAAUAUUUCAAAAAUAAGCAUAAAGAAUAAGUAUAUAUACGUCCUCUAUACACUUUCGACUAUUCUAUGUGUGUAUAAUUACAAGUAUGCCUUUUUCAAUUACUACUUUUUUUUCUUCUACAAAUUUGUAAAAAUUUUGGCCAAAUUUUUUGUCAAGUCUGUAACUGUAGCAAAUUUUCUGAUAGAUAGAUGUGCAAUAAUCCUUCACACCAGGGAAGGAGAAUUCGUGAAUGACUCGGAUGAUGAGAAGGGUGAAAAGGGUGAAAAUGAUGAUUAUUAUGACAGUGAUCUUGUAUACCACAGUCCUUAUGGUAAUAAGAAGAAUUUACAGAAAGAGUCUUUUUCUCCUAUGUGCAGGAUAAGCUCAUUAAAUGAUUACAGAUUGCUGCAUGUGAGGAAAAAAGAAGGGAUGGAUUUGAGAAAAAGUGAGCGCGAGAAAUCAUUGUUCCUGAAUAAAGAGGAACACAAUUUUGUAGAAAGUGAUAUUAAAAUGAUCAAGUACUAUGUAAAUGAAUAUAUAAGAAAGGGAAAAUUAUCAAUUCAGAAUGAGCUUCAAAGCAAUAAAUUUUCACACCAGUAUAUAUUGGAAAAAUAUAUAACCCUUAUUAACAAUGUGUUGAUAUUGUUUGUUUAUGUAAAUAUUAUAUCUCUUAUGUAUGGGAAUAUAAACUUAUCUGAGACAAAAGCAGUUGAAAGGAAAUUAAAAUUGUUGGAUAAAUAUAACUACUACCUGAUGAAAAAAAUUGUGGAAAUUUAUUUUUUAAACAUUCCUUACUUAUGUAAUUAUUUGAUUGUCACUUUAGAAUUUUUCAUAAUUUUUAGUAACACAGCAUUGAGUAUAAAUUAUAGCACGUUCUCAUUAAUGAAAGAGAUAAAAUUUGUUAUAAAAAGUUUUUAUAUGUAUCGUCUUAUUAACACUUUUAACAUGCUGCAAAAUUUGAAAACAUUUUAUCAUUUAAAUUAUUACAAGAAUGCAAAUUUGUAUUUUCAUAAUUAUAAGAAGGAUAGCUAUGAGCAUUUUUCUCGUGUGCACAAGUUCAAUUCUGUGUCUGCAGAAAAUGGUCACAUUUAUGAGGAUCAGAAAUUUCCCAAUGUUGUAUACUGCAAAAAUGAGGAAAUAAUUUCACAAGAUGAAAGUGAUGGAAGUGUGAGCGAAUACAAUGAUUGCAUAUAUAAGGACGCUUUCAAAGAGUUGAAGGAAAUAUUUAAAAAGAAAACAAAGGAAUAUAUAAACAACUAUUUUGAAAUAAAUAUGAAAAAUAUUUUUUACCUUUUGGAUUGCUUUAAAGAUAUAUCAGUGAUUUCACUUUUUAUAAAUUUUUACAUACACGAAAAUGCAAAGAUUAAGGACAUUUAUAACAGUGUACAUAUGGAGAGUAUGAAUAAUAUAUACUUGUACAAUUUUAAAUUAUUAAAAAUAAACUACCAUUUUGUAUGUAUUCUAUUUUCAAGUAUAGUUCAGAUUUUUAAUUAUACCUCCAACUUUUUUCACUCCUAUAGUUAUUUUAUACAAUUAUAUUCAAAGUAUAAAUAUAGCUAUUUUUUGUACGAUUACAAUUUGCAUAAUUUUUUUACCUUUUUUAAUGUGUACAUAUUUAUGACGAGCAGAAGUAAACAAAAGAAAAACCACAUGGUCACUAUAAAUAAACAAAUAAAUACUCUAUGCAUUAAUGACAUUUUCGAUUUUAAUAAACUAUUACUACAGAAAGGUUUUUUAUUUUUAUGCUUUUUUUUUCACAAUUUUGAUAACAUACUUCCAGAUAUUUACUGCAUCAAUUGUGCAAAUAAAUAUUCUGUUGGUUCCUAUGGUAAAAAUGCACUUCCUGUCGUUUGGGAUCGUGUAGGAGCAGAAACAAAACGGAAGAAACACAUUAGAGAAGAUCAACUAGCCAAAUGUGCAGCCCCCACGAAUGAAGCAAGAGUCAUAAAUGUGCAAAAGGAUGCACAAAAUGGAAUUAUCUCAAUUUCGAGAAAAAAUGUAAAACAGCUGAAUGACAGAGAAAAUAGUCUUCAUGAAAAUUUAGCAAUUCGAAAUGGAGAAGCGAGUGAGGAAAAUUCAAUAACUGAAAAUGUAGAAACAGGUGAAGAAAAUACCAUGAUCAUGCAAGAUUCAUAUAAAGAACAGAAGACUCCAGAAGUAGGAGGAGGGAGGAUGGGAUAUCUCGAAAUUUUUUACCAAAAUGAAGGAAAAUUGGCAAUUCCUAAUUCGACGAGUCGUAUGUGUGGUACUAUUAACCACAUUGUAAGUCAAGGGGCAGAAAAAUGUGUAGAGGAAGAAAAAAACAAUUUACGGACUAAAUCGAUUGAGGCUGAACCCAAAGAGUGUAGUUCACAAAAUGAGGAAAAUUUUGUGCGAAAAAAAAGUUGCAUGGAAGAGAUAAAGAAGUGUAGACGACAAUCAUAUAUGGAACACUUGGGAGAGAUGCGUCCUUCCCAGAUGUACACAAAUGAACAGUUGAGAUGCAACAAAAAGUGUGUUGAAAUGAAUAAACAAAAAGAGAAGAAUACUACUACAGAAAAAUAUGCUGGUGGGAUUAUUUCUUUUUUUAAGAAAAAAGUGACUCGAAUGGGUAAUGAAAAAGGAAAGGAUGAAAUGGAGACACGAAAGAUAGGGGGAAAUUGUUACUAUGAUGAUGAAAAUAUAGGAAAAUUUGAGGAAUAUGCCAAGUGCAGCCCAUGUGAUGAUACUUGUUACUGUCAAGAGAAAAAUUGUAAGAGGAGGAACCACAAGUUCAUAAGAAGGAGACGGCAAGCAAAAAGGUAUAAUGGGCAUGUCAACAAUGCAAAUUAUAAUAAAGAACAAGAAAGUUGUAACGGGAGUGAUAACCAGGUUGAGAAGGUAGCAGAUGAGAAGGCAGAGGAUGAGGAAGAUUGGGCGAACUUGUUUUGUCAACGGAAAGCGCAAGAAAAAGACGUGGCCCUGCUGAAUGCAUAUAAGUAUAUGUUAAAUUAUUAUAAAAGAAACAAAAAAAGGUUGUAUGAUUAUAAUAUUAAAGAAGAAUUACGGUGCAUGUGCAUAAACAAAUAUAUAUACCUUUGCAAUAUAAUUUACAACUGCCUUAUGUACAUGUUCGAGAUGAAGUAUAAGUAUAAAGAUAUGAAAAAAAAAAAUUACUUCAUAUUUUCAUAUAAAACUUUCAAAAAGAAAAAAGAAAUUAAUUCCUUCCAGAAUUAUAAUGGGAAAAACGACAUUGUCAUAAAUAUCAGGCACUUACUCAAUUUUGAUUUCAUCAUUAUGAACACAUUGCAUUUAGUAGAAAGUAUAUACAUGAACUUGUACAAAUGCAAACUAUUUACAGAUAUGUGCAUUUUCAAUAAUAUAAAGUAUAUUUGUUUGGAUGACAUUGAAACGAAGAAAAAGGAAAGCUACAGCAAUGGAAAUAUUCAUUUGUCAAAUAAAAAUGUGAUAAACAAUUUGGAAAAUAAACACAAAAAUGAUUUUAUCGGAAGUGCUUACCAGCAAGAUUACAUGACGUAUCAAACUAGUGUAAAUGGAUUAAGUUCUUUAAGUUUUUGCAACAUUCCCAAUGAUGUACUUCCAGAAGAAGAGUACCAUGCAAAUGAUGGUUUGGAUCGACGAUCAUUUCAUGUAACAGGUAUAAAUAACAAUUGUGAGAAACGCAGAUGUAACACACACAACCAGAGAAAUACAUCUCUUAGAAUGGGAGAAUCGGAAAGAGGACAACCAUGGGCUCACAUGAGUGGUCUAAGUGGUAUUGCAAUCAGAUGUAACAGCAAGACUAGUUUUCAUAGUUCCAGGUGGGGAGAAGAACGUGUUGAAAUUGAUAAGUGCGAGAAGGAGCAUAACAAGGAAAGCAGUGGCAGAAGCAGUGGCAGAAGUAGCUGCAGCGAGAGAAAAGAUGGGAAGUCAAAUAAGCCAAGAAAGAGGAAGAGUAUGAGGAAGAUGGCCUUUUUUUUAAAGAGAGGAAGGAAAAAAUACGAUGCACCAAGAAAUGCAAAGAAUCUUUCUAUAAAUAACUACUUCUUCAGAGAUAAGGUGCCGAAAAAGGGUAGGAACUUGAAUGGAAUUUCGAUAAAUUACUUCCAGAAUUAUAAACUUUUGUCAGAUAAUUACAAAGCUAAGUUGGCUAGAAUGAGUAAGAAAAAGAAGGAGAAAAAAAAGAAAAAGGAAAGAAAAAGAGAAAAAAAAAAAAAAAAAAAAAAAAAUUUCAAAAAAGAAACAAGUGGUGAUGGAAGCAGAAGUGCCUUUUAUUACUAUAACGGCAUUUAUCGUGUACAUGAGGAAGAUGCACAGCGAGGUAAGAAUAAUGCUGUGAGAUCAAAAUGGAAUAUUAAAAAGUUUUUUAUCGGUCGAAAAAGAAUGAAAAAAGGUGAAAAAGAGGAAAAUCAGGACUUGGGGAAUAAUAAUAACCCUAUCAAUCCUGUAAGAGUCAACAAUCUGUUCGUUAAUCCCGAGUCAAGGGGUAUCAAAAACAGCAGCAUUAAUAAACUUCUUCAAGCUGAUAUAGGAGACAUGGAAGAAGAAGAAGAAGAAGAAGAAGAAGAAGAGGAGGAGGAGGAGGAAAACAUAGAGAGAAUAAAACAUUUGUUUAUAAGCUUUAACAACAACUACAAGGAAAAGAAAAUAAACAAUUAUAUUAACAACAUAUUCAAUUACACGUCGUUACAUUCGAAUAUCAACGUUUGUUAUAGGAAAAAGUUUGAAAUAUUUGAUUAUAAAAUAAAAAUAGGGAGAGGAUUAUUGAAAGUGUUGUACUCAUAUUAUUACAGGCACAAUUUGUCACUAUUUUACAAAAUAUUUAAAAAAAUUGAAUAUAUAUAUACAUAUCUGAAUUUAUGUUUUUACAACUCUUUAUUCAAUUUUAACAUUGAUUUGAAGGAAAUGAAUGAGGAGAUAAGUAAAUACUCAUUAUUCAUGGUGGCCAAAUAUAUCAAGAGACACAUGCAUAAUAACCCGAAAUUAUAUAGUACCUUUAUUGUGAAAGUAAUAAAUUUUAUAAACAGUGAUAUUCACAAAAUGGUGAAUUUUCUAUGCAUGUACAAUUACAAAGAUAUAUUAAAUAUAAUAAAUCAAUACCUAAUUCAAGUAAAUAUAAGUAACAAAUUGACAAUAAAUAAAUAUAAUUUGUUUUUAUUUAGAAAAAAUAAACUUGUUUAUGUUCCUAUAUCGAAUAUUUUAUUUCUCCAUUGUAAUCAAUUUAGUUUAAAUGAUAUAAUCAAAAUUUUGUAUAGUCAUCCACAGUAUGGUCUAUUCAUAAAGAGUGUAGCAGUAAACAAUUUGAUAUACAUGUAUAAAAAAAGCACAAUAACAAAUUGUAUGUAUUUGCAACUGUUUGAAUAUUUAAAGGUAGACGUAGGGAAUCGAAUAUUUUUCUUUAUUAUUUUUUUUUCAUUUCAUUCUUUUCGUUUUUUAUACCAGUUUUUUCUCAAUUUGCACACGUAUAUAAAUGAUGAAUAUUUGGCUGACUUACCCUGCACCUAUGAUGUCUCCAAAGGAUUAAAUACAAAAAGUGAAACGCUACUUCCAGCGACAUGUGAAAAUCAUGGUGAUACUAAUCAUAACACACUAAGUACUUGGGAUAAUAAGAACAUAAACCACCAGUGUGUAUUAUUCAACACGGAAUUAUUUAUCAAAAAGACCAACCCAAUCAAGGACUUUUUUAUGUUUCUCCUUGUGAAGAAGAAUGAUGAAAAGAAGCAAAAAUGGAAUUCAUCAACAGAAAAUAAAAAUGACAGAAAUGGAAAAAACAAUGGAAACGGGAAUGAUGGAAAUCUAAACAGUAGUAAUAUAAAUCAGAACAAUAUAAACAUUAGUAACUUUAUUUUUUUUAAAUACCAAAAUUAUGUGAAAAAAUCACACGUACUAACGUUAAAAUGUUUUCUUAUUAAAAAAUUAUUUCUACAAAAUUUGUGUUAUAAAAACAGAAAGAUGUUAAUUGAAUCAUGUCAUUUUCAUAAUUACAUUUUCUACACAAGCCAACGAGCAUCUCAAUUGGAUAAAAAAAUACAACAUGAUUUUGUAAAAAUGGAAAUUCGAAAUUUGCUCAAUAGCAUCAACGUGAAAAAAAUAAAAUUAUUAACAAGCAACAAUGUGGUUUCUCACCUCUCGGAUGACAUAAAAAUUCUCAUGUCUGCUACGAGGUCUCCUAUUCUUUUGAAUUUCAAAACAUACAAGAACAACCAGCGAGUGUUAAGAAAGGGAGGAGAAAAUGCAAAACCAGGAGUAGUGAACCCAUGGAUGGAAGUACAAGUGAACGCAGGAGAUAGAAGCAAUGUGUACUUUAACCAAAUUUUAAAGGAAAUGACAUCAACCGAUAACAACUCCAGGAAACGAGGAGUUCAGAACUAUUCUUGUCCGUUUCAGAACAUGAAAAAUUUAAAUCAGAAUAAUAGCAAAGAUAGUAUGUGUAUUGAAUUAGGGAACCUAUCGAAGGAGAGAAAUUUCCUCAUCGAUGAAAAGAGAGAAGUUGAUACCUUUGUAAAAAGAAUGAUCUCAUCAGGGUUAUUUUAUCCAACAGAAGAAGUAGACGAAGAAGUAGACGAAGAAGCAGACGAAGAAGAAAAGAAAAAAAAGUAUUUACAAAAAAGUAAGCAUCAUUCUGCAUGUAGCAAGAUGGAAAAGGAGAACGCACGAGCGUAUAAAAAUGAAAUGGCAUCACAAGCAACGAGGAGGGCUAAGUCAUAUGAAAUGCAUGCUACAAGUAAUAUCAUUAGUACGGCACCCCGAGUUACAGGUAGUAAUAUUUUUGUGCAAAGAAAAUCUAAUAAAAUUUAUGAACAUGAUAAAAUUUACGAGGAUGUGGCUUAUAUAUACAAAGUUAAUGAUGAUGUGAGACAAGACAAAUUGGUAAUACAAGUUAUUCACAUAUUUAUUCAUAUUCUAAGUGAUUACAAAUUAGGUUACAAUUUAUUUCCAUACAAUAUCAUAACCAACAAGUACAACAGUGUGCAAACGAACGAACAUGCGGAUUAUUACAAUAACACAGCUCAUGAAACUACAAAAGGAGUAGAUACCACGGGUGCUUCUCCUAUCAAUGGACAGAGUGGGCGCAAAUUUUCCUUCUCCUUCCGUCUAUUCAGAAAAAGGAAAAAUGAGAACACUAAAGGUGAAGUUAUUAAUAACCAAUGUAGCAGAAAUAGUAACAUUGUUGAUGAAAAAUAUCUUCCAGAGGUAAAGGAAAAAGAAAAAGAAGAAGAAGCAGACAUAUAUUCCAAACACAUACCCAGUGUCCAUAGACGGGACCCCGAAGAACAAGGAAAGAUGAAAAAUAAUCAAAUAAACGUUUCAGAAAAUUUGGAAAUUCAACAACAGAGUAUAAUUCCAUUCAUACCUGAACAGUUCAGUGGAUAUUCGAAAAGAAUAGAAAUUUCCCAAAAGAAAAAAAAAAAAAAAAAAAAAAAAAAAAAAUUUGAAAAUUUAGGUGCAGUUAUUGAAGUGUUAGCAAAUACAAAGAGCAGACAUGAAAUUGGGAGAAAGUAUCAAAACCUAAUAAAGUUCUACCAUCUCAAAUUUUCUCAUAUUAACACGUAUAUUUACGCGUUACGAAAUUUUAUAUGUUCCUUAGCGGCCUAUUCUCUUCUCUCAUUUAUUUUGCAAGUGAAGGAUAGACACAAUGGAAAUUUACUCUUCGAUGAAUAUGGAAAUAUUAUUCACAUUGACUUUGGGUACAUCCUCAACAUUUACCCUGGAAUUUCCAUAAAUUUCGAAUUGGCGCCUUUUAAGUUAACGAGAGAAAUGAUCAUGCUCUUAACAAUGAAAAGUCAGAAAAAGCAAUAUUUUAUUUUUACUUACAUUCAGUUGGUUGUUAAAGGGUAUUUGUUGUUAAGGGAAAAGAGUGAUUGGUUGAUUUCAUCCAUUCUGAGUUUAUCUCAUUCGGACAUUAACUGCUUUAAGUAUAACACAGUUGAGAAGUUAAGGAAGCGUCUUAAACUAGACAAAAGCGACAACGACGCAAGCAUUUACAUGAUAAAUAAAAUUCAUCAAGCGUAUAAUAACAUAACUACAAUUAUGUAUGAUUACAUUCAGAAUAUCCAACAAGGAAUUCAAUGA